CCCCUUCCAGCACAACAGGGAAGCUCUCCCGUGUUUUUAAGUGUGGUUUGGGUUCCGGAGCUGUGCUGAGCUGGAGAACUUCCCUGUGAUCCUUACAUGGAUGUUCUCUGUGUGUAUCGUAAAGCAAAUCUUUUAACACUUAACUCACAAAAUUAUACUCAAAGCAGAUGGUGUGUGCGGGCGCUUGGUUGGCUUCUUUUUGUUGGGAGAGUCAUCACAUUUUGCCCUGGAACUCUGAGGCGUAGCUUUUAGUAUGGGGUGAAUAGACACCUGUAGUUAGACAAAAGUCAAUUUUACAGAGUACACAGGACCUAUAAAGCGAGCCCACAGCACUCUAGGUUUGUCUCUCAAAGGGACAAUAUGAAGAUGAUGUUCAUUGAAACAUACCGAAAGUCUGAAAACUUGAACUGUGACUCUAAACCAGUGUCACCCCUCAGUUUAACUCGUAGCUAGCACUCUAUAUUCAGGGUGCUGGGCUUGGUGCUGACAGUCAAGGAGGAGCAGUCUUGGAGUUGAUAAGGCCAUGUAAAGUGGAGACACAGCUGACCGCUGCCACGUGGUCUGCAGAGGUCUCUGUGAUCCCCAGACUAACUAACGUUAAGGAAGGCAAGGUGUCUUUGCUCCAGGGCUGUACCUCUGCUGCUGCAGAACCUGUUGGGCUGAGCACCUGUUUAUUUGAGGGGCUCAUUGCAUUCGUUAGAUUGGUAAGACUUUUGGUCCCCUGAAAGGCUUUAGAGCACUGCCUUAGAAACUUUGAAAGAUAAAUUUGAGAGCUCCUGGGGCUGUUACACAAUCUCCUUCCCCAGUUUACAAAGGUAUUGAUAAUUAUUACUAUUAUUGUUAAUAAAUAUUACUUAUUAAAUGAAAAUAAUGUACCUCAUUUAUACCCAAAUCUGGCUUUAGAGUCUGCCUAACUUAUUUUAUCUUAUGUGAUCUUACAUCUAUCCUUUUAGUCUUUUACCUACAGUUUUAAGGCACUACAUUGUAGCCCUUCUUAAAUGAUUGCGUUUUAAGCAUGCAAGCUUUGCUCAGUGGGAGAGUGCUCAGUGGGAGAGCACAUACACACGCAGAAGACCUGGCGUUUAAUUUUUAGCAUCUCACAAAUUAACAAUAAAAAUUUAAUUGAUUCUAAGUAUAAACUAGCAGAUGGGAAAUACAUUUGGCCAAAGAGCUCUGGACCACUGCAGGCCUACCCCACAUAGUCAGGCUGUGUGUGCUAUCCUCUUAACCCUCAGUUGUCUGUCUCUCUAGAGCUUCCUCUAUCUUUGAUGACUUAACUUUGAAUCUGUGAGAUAAUAUGGAAGAAGUGUGUGUGCACCUGGCUGAAGACUGUCCCUCAUCUUUUUUGAGCUAUUAUGAUAUUCUCUCUCAGUGCCAAGCAGUGGUUGGAAAUGCAGCUCAGUCAGCCACGUGACCUCACGGGGCAGCCAGUACUGUCCAGUGCACACUAUUAAGAUGCAAAGUAGUAGAUGGCAGAAAUUCAUUUUCUACUGGUGACAUUUUCAAUUAUGACAGAAUUAGUGGUGUAUUCCCCAUCACCAGUCAAAGCACAUCUCCCUGUACACUGAGUGACUUAUGAAUAUCUGUUCCUUCUAAUUUUGGAGGUUUGGAAUUCCAAAGUCAGAUGCUUUCCAUUAUGAUGUGAUGAAAGGGGCAGCUUGGCUCCCGAGCCUUUGUUGUAGCUGGUCUUUGACUAGUUUUGUUUUGUUUGACACCAGGUCUCAGGUAGCUCAGACUGGUCAAAAACUUCCUAUGGAGCCAAAGCUGGCCUUGAACUUCUGAUCCUCCUUCCUUCACCUCCCAAGGCCUGUGGUUAUAGGCAUGAUAGGCUGUACUGCAAGAGGCAGGCUUUCAAGGAUCAUGGUCACCUUCAUCAGAAUCUUCAUGACCUAAUCACUUCCCAAAGUCCCCACCACUUAAUACUAUUGUGUUGAGGAUUCAGCAUAUUAAAUUGAGGGGUGGGGUACAAGCAUUCACACUGUAUGUUUAAGUAUGCAUAGUAUUUUCAUUAAUGUUUAACUGUUUCAAUGGCCCCAAUCACUUUGCUUAUUGUAAAAUAUACUCUUACACCGCUAAAAUUUCUAUCCCUGGUAGUAAUUACCAAUGGAUAUGUUUGUUCAUUCAUACAAAGCAGACAAACAAACAAACAAGCUUUAUCAACUGCCUGGUGGGGCUGGGUCCCAGCUGCUACAUGAGACAGCGGGGUUGGAGAGUGAGCAGCUACAGAUGGUCAGAAAAGCCAUGUCAGCCAGGCUUCCAUCCUGUGACAUACCGUGCCCAGAGGGAGGACUGGUGUCUGUGUCACUGUCUUGUUUGUUUAGGCUGCGUCCCUGUCAGACUGAGCUCCUCAGGGAGCAGCUGGUUAACUGCUCUGCCUUCCUGGGGCCUCUCGGGCACCUGCUACCUGGGCGGGACCUGCAAGGCCCUUCUUGUGCCUCAAGGACCUUUGUUCUGUCAGUGAGGCUUCCCAGCAUUAGCAGUGCUGUUUGUCAUCAUCUUCAUUUUUCUUCACAGUUCACAGAAUGAGAAAAAAAAAAAAAAAGAAAUUAAAAAAAAAAAAAAACCUCUUGAGAGGCAGAGAGAAGAGGAUUUCUGUGAGCUCCAGGCCAGACAGGGUUACAUAAUGAGACCCUGUUUAAAAAAACAAAACAAAGUUGAAUCUAACCUUUGAGUCUAUGGUUUCCUCCUCCUCUGACCCUUCAUGUACACGUAUGGCAGAUGCCACUUCCUCACUGCUGUUUAUGCGCUUACACACAACAUGUAUACACACACACACACACACACACACACACACAUAUAUACACACACACAUAUGAAAGUAAAUAUGUAAAUAUAUGUUUUUAGGACUGGCCACUUGGGAUUGGCUAAUCAUUUGAGGGGCUCAUCCCUAGGGAAGACUAAUUUUCUCUCUCAGCAGUCUUUAAUUGCCCGUAGCUCUUCAUCUGUACAUAAGGUCCCCUGGAAUUUCCCUCCCCUUGUUCAGAUCUUGUUUAAACAGCUAUAUUGUUGAUAUUUUAUGAGUCCAGCUUCCCUGUCACAUCUAGAAGACACAAUCUUGCAGCAGACUUUCUGGUUCCUCUGGCUUUUACAGUCUUCCUGCCUGCCCCCUCUUCCUCAAUGUUCUCUAGGCCUUAGGGUAAGUGUUGAGUUAUAGAUAUAUUAAUUGGGACUGAGCACGCACAGUCAGUUCCUCUCUACCUUUGGACUGGUUGUGGCUUUCUGUAAUGGUAUAUCUACCUUACCUGUAGGUAUAAGGUUAGCUCCAGUCUUGACACUUUGAUGGCCAGUGCUUCCCCCUCUGAGCUGCAUUCCAGUUCACUCUCUAUUUCCUUUCUUCCAUGGGUGCCACUGUCUCCAUGUCCAUAGUCAGUGUCCUCAGGUCCUGCCCUGGUUCUCUGGGCAUUGUCUUCCCUUCUCGUACUUGAGUUAUGCAUAGCACCCUCUUAAUUCCCAACCACACCUGUGCCCACACUCUAGACUUGCACACUUCUUAGAUCUCCCCUCCUUGAUGCACACCAGGACCAGCUCCUCAGCAAGACCCCACAUCCCCAGACUCACUCUGCCUGUGAAUUCUCUUUGUCAGGGGAGCCACCAGCCACAGCCUUUCAGUCACCCAUGCUAGACCUAGAGUUCCUCACAGACACCUCCUUCUCUCAUACACUAUCCCCAAACUAUCACUCACAUUUGUCAAUUCCAUUCCCCAACUGUGUUUCAGAUUGUCUUGUUUUUCAUCCCUGUGCAAGAGUUCAGAGCAUCUCAUCAGACUCCCAUGUGGGUUUUCCUGAGGCCAUAGAUGCACAGUGUGCAUAGCAGCAGCCAGCAUUCAUUUCCUGCUGUGCUCCACUACCUCUGUGUGUUAUGUCUUAACUCUCCUCUCCAUGAACAGUUGACAAGACCCAGUGCUAGAUUUCAUAUCUCUAAUCUCACCACGAAUGAGGUAACACAGAUGUUAACCUUCCAUAUUGUAUGUCUCCAACCAUGUAAUAUAUUUUGAUGCAAAGGUUGUUUUUUAAAAAAAAUCUCAAAUAUUCUAUUUUACCAAUAAAGAUGUGGGAGUCAGCUGUUGGGGUGAAAGCCUGCUUGCUCAGAGAGGCAGAGAAAGUACCUGCUGACCUGUCUUCUCAGCAGACAUCCCAAAAGGAAGUUCUCCCUCUCCACAGCAUCUCAAAAACCCAUCAAACUAAAUAUCCAUCCCUUCUAUUUCCUGUGUGUCUAUCUGUCCUCCCGACUUCCUCCUAUUCUUCACUGUUCUCCUGUGUUCACUCCCUGUCAAUAGGUGCUUGUUCUGCCUCUUGACCUAUAUAGAUGACUUUAUUUAGUCCUAUUUACAAUAAACAGAUAGCUCUUGGAUUAAAGGUGUGUGGUAGGGCUGAGCCACACCACAACUAGGAACAGGUUUUCCAGUAAAUAACACAAUCUCGAAGUGCUCCUCCAAGAUGAGAUCAGCCCUGUUCCCUGCUCUGUUGCCCUCUCUUCAUCCUGGAGACUCUGCCAACUCACAGCACCGAAGUUGCUGCAGCCCAUCAGAUGGGCCAAGCCGCUCCUGAAGUGACCUUGGUAAAAGUUGCACUGUGUGAACCUAAAACACCUAUUUCCCUCAACUGCAGGCAGCCCUCCUGGGGCCCAUUUCCUCCUGUCCCUACAUGUCUGCUGUAUCUCUCUCCUGCAACUUUCUGGUGUGGUCCAUCUUCCAUCCUCGUUAUGGCAGAAUCACUUCUUUCCCCUCAGUCCCUUCUGGGGAUCCUAAAAGUCCCGCCUCUGUCUCCCUGCCAGCCAUUGGCUGCCAGGAACUCUUUUGGGCAGGCAAAAACCAACUGGGGACAGUUAAAUAAUUAAUGAUAACAAUAAAAUAAGUUGUUUUAGCAUUUACCUAAAGAGAGCCUGCCUGCCUGCCUGCCUUUCUUUCUUUCUUUCUUUCUUUCUUUCUUUCUUUCUUUCUUUCUUUCUUUCUUUCUCUCUCUCUCUCUCUCUCUCUCUCUCUCUCUCUCUCUCUUUCUUUCUUUCUUUCUUUCUUUCUUUCAACUCAUAAAACUGCAGUUAGUUCAUUUUUGGAAUAGUGGUUUAUUUUCUCUUGCCAUUUUGGGAGUUUACUACAAGCACUUAGUCUUUUAGAAAUUUACAGCCUUAAAAUGUUGGGUUUUUUUUUCUUCUUCUUCUUCUUCUUCUUCUAAAUUAAUGAAAAAAAAUCUGGCUCAAUCAGGCUGGGAGUGCUUGUGAGCUCUGUGGCUUCUGGGAGUAAUACAGAUCUUCUACACCUUCAUUUCUGUCUGAGUAAAAGGAGCUAAUGACCUUGCCAUUGUGAAUGUCAACAGGGCAAGAGCAGAGCAUGCAACAGUGUCUGUAGGUUGAAAAUUACUCAGUAAAGUGAUGACUGUUAUUAUUAAUAUGAGAAUAGUACAGUGUUAUAUUUUUCUGAAUCCCGUAUAAUAGUCAGUAGUCAGAUCAUUUAAAUGUUAGGGUGAUAGCUCAGUAGGGGAGACCAAUUGCUGUGAAAGUAUGAAGAUCUAAGUUCAAAUCCCCUGUACUCAUGUAGAAAGCCAGGCAUAUUCGUACAUGUCUAUAACCUCAGCUUCGGGAAACAGAGUCAGGCGGAUCCUGGAAGCUCUGUGGCCAUCCAGACUACUGAAAUGGGGAGCUUCAGGCUCAAUGAGAAAAACCCUGUCUCAGACAGAUAAGACAGAUCAGUAGAGGAAGACAGGACAUCUUACCUCCUCCUCCACCCCCACCCCCCCACCCCCGCCACAUGCACACACACCCACAUGCCAACAAAAAAAAAAAUUUAAGGGCUAACAAGAUGGCUCAGUGGAUAAAAAUACUUGCCAGGCAAGCCUGAAGUCUUUUGAGUUCAAUCUCUGGAACCCAGGGCAGGAGGAGAAGCAAUUCCUUAAGUUGUCCUCUGACUGCCACACAUGUACCGUGAUAUGCACAUCCCAGUACUCAUACAUCCAUCCGCCACCCCACCCCACCCCACCCCACCCCUUGCCCCUGCCCCCUGCCCCCUCUCAGUUACUUUUCUGUUGCUGUGGUGAGACUCAGGCUUUCCAGGCUCCACCAUGGAGAGCCAUGUGGGUGGUAGGUUGCCAGAGCUAGCCUUCUAGCCCUUUCUGGUACUGCCUUCCCCUUUUAUUCAAAUGCAGUGGUGGGCCACAUCCGCAUUGCAUAGCUCUGUCAGAAUAGUACUAAGUGAACUGAGACCUUUGCCAACUCAGUUGCUUCCUUCAGACUACACCGGCUUAGCCUCCUUGUUCUAGUUCAUUCUGUUGCUUCCUGAUAUAUUUUCCUCCCAUGACCCACAAAAGAAAAAAAGUGGUGUUGGCACCUACAUGUUCUGCUCCUGUUGCACAAGAUUUCCAUUCUUGUUCUCUGAAUAAACUGCUUCACACCUCUAGCUUUGCACUCUAGCACCUACUUUGCCAGGAACACCCAGCUCUGCUACUUGUUCCCUGCUUUGCACAAACAUGCCUCAACGUAGAAAGAGGGGAGAAGUAGAGUGUGCUCUUUAGGACCCCAAGGCAGCUGCUCAGGGCUGUGCAGGCUGCCUGCACCUCAUGAGCAUUCAGUAUCCAAGGUCUAUGUAAAACCUGGGUGUCUGUGCCCACUUGCAGUUUAGAAGGCUACUUUGUGAAAAGAGCCCAGAAGCUUCCUUCUGCUGCCCUUGAAGGAGAAGCCCGAGUUUGUGAUUGCAAACAUCUUUGAAGGUAUUAAAAAUUUCUCCUCCUCCUCACCCAUGUCAUAAGUAAGGUUAGUUAGUGGUCUGAGUGGCGAGGAUGUGCUGGAGGUGUCAGUGUGCCCGUGUGAGUGUCAGCAAGUGCACUGCGAGCAUAGUAGUGUCACUGCCAUUCUUGGUGCAUUUUGAAAGUCAUUUAAGAAAGCAGAAAUGGGGUAAAAUCAACACUAUUUUUAUGGUUUUUUUUCUCUGUAUGUGUGGUUAGUCUUGAGACAGUCUGGAAUCACCUGGGAAGUGGGCAUCUGGGCAUGCUUAUAGGAGAUUAUCUUAAGUUCAUUGAAGUAGGAAGACCCACUCCCUGUGGGUUGUACCAUUCCCUGGCUGGGCUCCUGGACUGUGUAAAAAGGGAAGAGUGAGCCAGCCAUGUACAACAUUCAUUGAUUUCUUCAUCGUAACCACAGACAGUGUAAGCAGUUGCUCCUUUUGUUUAGCUUUCCUACUGUGGUGGACUGUACCUUGAACUGAGACAAAAUAAACACUUCCUUAAAUUGCUUUUGUUAGUACACAAUUGUUGUUGCAGAAAAGUAACUGAGGCAGUGUGUGCAUGUCUUUGGGUAGGGUGCAUGCAUGCAUAGAGAGGACAGAGGCUGACAUCAGACAUCUUCCUCCCUCCACCUUUUUGAGGCAGGGCCUCUCACUGAAUCUGGAGCUCACCAGCUCAGCCACACUGGCUGUUUAACAAGCCCUAGGAAUCUGCCUGUCUCCUCCCAUCUCAGCGUUGAGACUGUAGGCAUCCAUCUCCACACACAGCUUUCAUGUGGCUGCUGGGGAUCUAAUUCACGCCCUAAUGCCUGUAUGACAGGCGCCAAGGACUGAUUCAGUUUUCUAGAAUAUUUUCCCACAGUUGUCACUAGAGGGCACCGUUGUUUUAAAAGAGGAUAGUCUUUGGGAAGUCUUUUCUAAUAAAAAUGUAUAGUAUGAACCGCUAGCUGAAGCUGAUUGAACAGUCAGCAGAGAAAGGGGGUAUGGGUAGGUGCUUUUAUAUUGCUAUCUCUUGAGUCAGUCAUCAAUGAUGGAAAUAAUGAAACAACUAGAACUUUGUGUAUUAUCUGGGAGGGCCUUGUCCAAUAUUUCUUAAUUAUAUCUUUAAGCUGAACACAGCUUGGUUUGUCCAUGAAAGCAAGUGUUCUACUUUAGAAAUUCCCGAUGAGACAGUUUGUGGCAGUCUGAAGUCAAGAAAACAUUCUAUUUAUAUUCUUAGUUUCAAAAGCCAGAUCAGACCAGUGAAAGUGGAAACACUGUCCAGAGACCAAAAUGAGACAUGUAACAUCUGUUGAGUCAUCUUUCAGAAAAAGAAUUAUUGGGGUCAGCAAAAUGGUUUAGUGAGUAGAAGCACUUGCCACCAAGCCUGACCUGUGUCCAGUUCCUGAAACUCACGGCCUUCCGCAGUUGUCCCUGACUUCCAUGUAUGUGCUGUGUCAUGCAUGCACCUGUCAUCCCAAAAGAAAUUCUGUUUUUUUCAACUUUUUAAAUUACUUGCUGUUUAAUUCUGUGACAGUUGACUAGGUAAAUCCUGAAAUAAAAGGAACACACACUUGAUGUGUGAGCAACCUCUCUGCAUCUUUGUUCUUGUUAACUAAGGCAGUCUUGCUGUGUUCCAACUGACCUGACCGGGAUUAUGAUGUUUAUCAUAUUCUUGACUUUUUGGUAGUGAGCCUUGCCUUUAACAACCGAGCCAUCUUUCCAGCCUAGUUCAUUAUAUUUUUUACUCAAUUUGAGAAACCUUUUAUCAACUCAGUUUUUACGGAUAAUUUUGAAGGAAUAUAUACUUCUUUGUUUACAGAUAUAAAGUUCAGUAUAUAUUCUCUUUUUAAAACAGCUAUUCUAUAUCAUUGCUUAUAUAUUUUGUUCAUUUGGCCAAUUAAAGUGCCCUAAAAUUAUCAAUGUCAUCUCAUUUCCCUGGGAUCUCCUGUGGCUUUUGUUUUAGCAAAAACGGUUGCUGUGGGAGGUAGAAGGAUUGCCAUCAGCUUUUGUUUUGGUUUGUUUUUCACUUUUUGAGACAGGGUUUCUCUGUAGCACUGGCUGUCUUGGACUAUAACUCACAGAGGUUCACCUGCUGGAAGCAAAGGCAUGCAUGUGCCACCACCCAACUUUCUUUUGAUCUUGGGGUUUUUAUUGCAGUAAUAGACACCAAAGUAGGACAUACAUAGAUAAACAUUUAUAUAAUAAAAUACAUCUAAAUUCUGUCUCUUCUCUCUCUCUCUCUGUGUCUCUGUCUCUGUCUCUCUUUCUGGCUCUGUCUCUCUCUUACACACACAAGGCUUGAAUCCCCCAAGGCUUUAUACAUUGCUAAGCAAGUACACUGCAUUAAACUAUAUUCUCAGCCUCCUUUUGACUUUGAUUUUUAGUGAGGUCUUGUAAACAGUUCUUCCUGGCCUUGUAUGUGUGAUCCUCCUGGCUCUGCAGCCUGCGUAGCUUGGGUUGAAGGCAUGUACCACUGCAGAUGGCACAGUUGACUGCUGUUCCCCUUUCAUUGUACUUUGUCUGGUAUUAGGAUAUGACCUACACCUUAUUUUGUUUCCAUUUGCCCAGUCGCCUUUGUUCAUUCUUUUAUUUGUGCCCCUUUAAGUGACUUUUUUCUUAUUUAUUUAUUCACUUACAUCCUGAUUGUGACUUCCUCCCUCCUCUUCUCCCAGCCCCACCCUCACAAACUUCUCCCCCAUCACACCCUUCCAUUUUUCUUAGAGAAAGACAAGUCCCCCUUGGGUACCACCCCACCCUGGGAUAUCAAGUCAAAGCAGGACUAAGCGCAUCCUUUCCCACUGAGACCUGACACAGCAGUCCAGUUAGGGAAAGGGGAUCCAGUGGUAGGCAACAGAGUUAGGGUAAGUCCCCCACUCCAAUUGGUAGGGGACCCACAUGAAGACUAAACUGCACAUCUGCUACAAAUGUGUGUGGGGCCUAGGUCCAGCCCCUGGAUGCUCUUUGGUUGGUGAUUGAGUCUCUGUGAGCCCCCAUAGGCCCAGGUUAGUUGACUCUGUAGGUCUUGUGGUGUCCUUGACUCCUUUGACUCCUUCAGUUCUAUCCUGCACUCUUCCACAAGGCUCCCCAAGCUCUGCCUGAAGUUUGGCUGUGAGUCUCUACAUCCGUUUCCAUCACCUGCUGGAUGGAGCCUCUCGGGAGACAGUUAUACUAGGUUCCUGUCUGGGAUCAUAACAGAGUAUUAGUAGUAGUGUCAGGAAUUGGUUCUUGCCCUUGAGAUGGGUCUCAAGUUGGAUCAGACAUUAGUUGGCCAUUCCCUUAAUCUUUGCUCCAUUUUUAUCCCUGUGCAUCUUGUAGGCAGGAUAAAUUUUGGAUUGAGGUUUUGUGAAUGGUUUGGUGUUCCCCUCAUACCACUGGGAGUCCCAUCUGGCUACAGGAGGUGGCCACUUCAUUCUCCAUAUCUCUCAGCUAGGAUCACCCCCAUAAACUCUCGGGAGCCUUCCCUGUGCCUGGUCUCAAGCUCAUUUCAGAGAUGCCUUCCCAUCAAUUUCUGUUCUCUUUCAUAGCCCUUUCUUGAGCCCUACCUCCACCCCACACCUGAUCUCCAUCCCUGUUUCCCUUCUUACCCCCCUCUCCCACCCAUUUUCCUCCCCCAUCCACUUCCAAUGUCUAUUUUAUUUCCCUUCUGAGUGAGAUUCAAGCAUCCUCCUUUGGGUCCUCCUUGUUACUUAGUUUCUAUGGGUCUGUGGAUUGUAGCAUGAGUAUCCUGUACUUUAUGGCUACUGUCCACUUAUAAGUGAGUACAUAACAAUACUUGUCUGGAUCUGGGUUACCUCACUCAAGAUGAUAUUUUCUAGUGCUAUUCAUUUGCCUGCAAAUUUCAUGAUGUCUUCGUUUUUUAAUAGCUAAGUAGUAGUUCAUUGUGUAAGUGAACCACAUUAUCUUUAUCCAUUCUUUGGUUGAGGGACAUAUAAGCUGUUUCUAGUUUCUGGCUAUUCCAGAUAAAGCUACUAUGAACAUAGUUGAUUGAGCAAGUGUCCUUGUGGUAUGGUGGGGCAUCUUUUGGGUUUUUGCCCAGGAGUGGUAUAGCUGAGUCUUGGGUAGAACUAUUUCCAGGUUUCUGAGAAACCGCCAAAUUGAUUGUCAAAGUGGUUGUACAAGUUUGCACUCCCACCAGCAAUGAGGAAGUUUUUCCCUUGCUCCAAAUCCUCACCUGUUUAGCUCUCUACCUCAUUUUAAAAUUGGAUUAUUUUGUUUGUUGGUGUCUAAUUUCUUGAGUUCUUUAUAUAUUUUGGUCUAACAGAUGUAGGGUUGGUGAAGAUCUUUUCCCAUUCUGUAGGCUGCCAUUAUUUGCUUUUCAUGGUGUCCUUUGCCUUACAGAAGCUUUUCAGUUUCAUAAGGUCCCAUUUAUUAAUUGUUGACCUUAGUGCCUCUUGGUGUUAACGUUCAGGAAGUUGUCUCCUCCUGUGCCAAAGUGUUCAAGGCAGUUUCCCACUUUCUGUGAGAUCUAUUGUGUCUGGUUUUAUGUUGAAGUCUUUGAUCUACUUGGACUUGAGUUUUUUUGCAGGGUGAUAAAUAUGAAUCUAUUUCCAUUCUUCUACAUGCAGACAUCCAGUUUGACCAUCACCAUUUGUUGAAGAUGUUUUCAUUUUUCCAUUGUAUUAUUUUGACUUCUUUGUCAAAGAUCAAGUAUCUUUAGGAGUGUGGGUUUAUUUCUGGGUCUUGGAUUCUACUCCAUUGAUCAACAUGUCUGUUUUUAUGCCAAAUGCUUGCAUCUGUUGUUCCUGUUCUCUUUCCUAGGUUUUCCAUCUCCAAGAUCCCCUCAGUUUGUGUUUUAUUUAUUGCUUCUACUCCCAUUUUCUGUUCUUAAACAGUUUUAUUUACUUACUUCACUUGACUGAUUGCAUUUUCCUGUAUUUCUUUAAGGAAUUUAUUCAUUUUCUCUGUAAGGGCCUCUAAGGUUGGCUCUAAGGUCAUCAUCUUAUGCUUCAGCUGUGUUAGGAUAUUUAGGGGUUGCUGUAGCAAGGCACCUGGGUUCUGAUGGUGCCACAUUGCCCUGGCUCUUACUGUGUUCUUACACUCUCCUUUCCCAUCUGGUUGUCCUCUGGUGUUGACUGGAUGUUCCUGAUACCAGCAGGACUCCCACAGGAGGCAGGCAGCCUGACAGUGGAUCCCAGGGAACAACAUGCUGCUCACCUCUUCUGGCUGUGUGCAGUGUAGACACAGUAGACCUUGAGUCACGUUUAUAUUGAUACACGGUUGAGUUGUCUUUUGUAAGUCUUGAUAAAUAAAUUGAACCCAUUCAUAGUUACUGAUAGGACAAAUACCGUUUGUUUUUGUUUUUUCUUUUGAUGUCAGUUUUUAAAAAUAUCUUUUAUUUAUUCUUAGACAAGUUUAUACAUGUAUAUCUUAUAUUUUGAUCAUAUUCACUCCACCAGGAUACCCCCAUGUGUCCCCUUCCUACUUCAUGUCACUGCCUGUUUUGUUUGUAACCCAUUUUUGAUUGAUUUGUGAAUAGGCUUUGAGGUGUGGGUGAGUGGAGCCUCACUUGAGGUUGGCAGGGAUGAGUGGUAAGUCCUGAUUAGUUUUCUCUUUAGUGUACAGGAUCCUGCACUUGCAGCCCCUUCUCCACUACCAGUCGCUAGAGGGCACCUCUUGCUUUCUUUUUACCCAUCCCUUACCAGUAGUAGGGUCCUUUCAAAUUUCAGAUUGCUACUCCUGUGGGCUCAAACAGACCCUGUGACUGGUUCUGCAGUUAAGAGGUGUUUUCUACAAAGAGCGUAUUGUCUCCUUCAUAAGUGAUUUGAAUCUGAUUCUGGCCCCCUGUACUGCUCCUCCCUCUUUUGAGUAAUUUUUCUGAAUUCUCUUUCUACAAAGAUUUGCAGUAGGAGCUCAAGGUAGUUGUGCUGAAAUAGAAGUCUCUUGUUUUUCACCUUAAGAAUGAUUGGAGCCAGCUGGCCAUGGGGUUGUCAUCCUCUAAUCCCAGCACUCAGGAGGCAGAGACCAGCUGAUCUCCGUGAAUUCAGUGCCAGCCUGGUCUACAGAGUGAGUUCCAGGACAGCCAGGGCUACACAGAGAAACCCUGUGUCAAAAACAAAAACAAACCAACAACAAAAAAGAAUGAUACUAACGAAUAAAAACAAAUACUAACCCAUAUCUGUUAGUUGUGCUAAGGGUUUUGGGUUUGUAUGGUUUUGAAUUUGUUAUUGUUGAUCUUUGUACAUUUAGAAUGGUACUCAGUUGUAUAGAUAUGUUGCGACUUGGAUUGGUUGGUUUGUUUUGUUUGUUUGUUUGUCUUUGCCAGUGAUGUAUUUGUUGACUAUGUAGGUGGGUUUUCUUGGUAUUUUGUUUUUUGUUUUGUGAUGCUGAGGAUUAGAACCAGUGUUUUGCACAUUGUAUAUUAUAACUGUACCUGUAGUUGUAACUUUGUCUCUGUUGAUAAUUCCUAGGCAGAGGUCAAGAGUAAUGUCAUUUGUAGGCUUUUCCUAGUUCCCAUUCUGCAUUUGUCCUCCAGCAAACCCAUAAGUAUCUAGAGUUUGUGCUGGCCGUCAAUCGAAGGUGCUGAAAAGCAAGGCCCAGCUCACUCCUAUGUCCAGGAGACAGGUGGGAAACAAAAUGUGACAGACCUUUUCUCAGUGAAAUGCAGUGGGCACAAAGGAGAAGGCCCAGAGCUGCUUGGGAGAUUUCCACUAUAAAGAAUGGAUAUCAGACCCUCCAAGGACAGCACUGAGGUCUCGCCUGAGGUAUGGCCAUUCACACUUGUGACCCUUCAGUCUGUCUCAGCACCUGCUCCUAUCCUGAGAUCUUUCUCCCUGUGUUUCUCAAGGGUUGUUGCUGCGUGGGCUUUGGUCCUCAAUCACUGUCCUCUUAGGGACCUCCCACUGUGCCCUCACCAUUUCUCUGCAUCAGUGGCUCCCACUUAAUUACUUCUGAGUCACACCUUGGUUCUGCCCUUGCUCAUUCUUCAGACACUACAAUCCAACUUGCACAGACCCUCCUCAUGCUUCACGCUGGCCUGUUCUUACUCCUGUUCUCUGGAUCUAUGUGGCCCUACCCAUUUCUGCCUAGUUCCCAGUCAGAAGCUUAGGCCAGCCUUUGCCUUUUCUGCCAUCUGCUUUUCUCUCUGCCUCUUUCCUUCAGAGAACUUUGUUUCUUUUUUCUGUCCAUAAUUUUAUCCUUUUUUUUUUAAUCCUUUUCUGAGGAAUUGGUGAGAGACUCUGGCUAUACAAGUCUGAUGGUCUGAGACUGACCCUCAGAUGGUAGUAGGAGAGAAGCAGCUCCAUGUGGUCAGCCUCUGUCCUUCCUGUCAGGGUGGGAGCCGCAGUGGCCUCUGUGAUGUAGACUAUAAAAUCAUGUGCUGCUGUCUCUGGUUUUUUCUUUGUUAAAGCAUGUUACUAAGUGCACACCACAGUCAAGGGGAGAAUUAAAUUCUACAUCUGAAGAAGAGGAGUAUCAAAGACUUGGGAUUGUGCCAUCUUCUGUUGUCCUGACUUCUUUCCAGGUGAUGUCAAGAGUUUUCCUAAUAUGGGCAGUGACACAUAGUGUCAAAGAGGUGCAGAGUGAAGACAGUGUACUUCUGUUUGUCAUUGCCUGGACAAUCACGGAAAUUAUCCGUUACUCCUUUUACACAUUCAGUCUAUUAAACCAUCUGCCUUAUAUCAUCAAAUGGGCCAGGUACACACUUUUCAUCGUGCUGUACCCAAUGGGAGUGACAGGAGAGCUCCUCACAAUAUACGCAGCUCUGCCCUUUGUCCGGCAGGCCGGCCUGUACUCCAUCAGCUUACCUAACAAAUACAACUUCUCCUUUGAUUACCAUGCAUUCCUGAUUCUGAUCAUGAUCUCCUACAUUCCACUGUUCCCCCAGUUGUACUUCCACAUGAUACACCAGAGAAGAAAGGUCCUUUCUCACACCGAAGAACAUAAGAAGUUUGAGUAGCGCUCCACACCACCCCAAACCAGACUUUUCAAUGAUCAAAAUAUGCUGCAGACUUUUUGAGUUCCCAGUAAGAACUAUUUUUAAAAUAUUAAAUAUAAAACAAAAUAAAAAACCAAAAUCCAGUGUCACACAGGCCUGGGAUUUUAUAAAAAAUAAAAAUAAAAAGAUUAAAAAUGCAAAAGUCUGUUACAUAAAGCAUCCUAGCUGGUCCUUUCAGCAUGCUCUGACCAGAAGUUGCCAGUUCCUAUGAUGGCGCUAGAAGGGGGUUGGCCUUUAUCUUCUGUGUGUCCUCCAUUCAUCUGGCAGUACAGAAUGUACACCCAGUGCCAAGAGCUGCCGUCUGAGGGGCAACCGUGCUCCAACUGACUUCGCGGCUUGCAGCAGAAGCUGGGUUGCAGUCUGCGGUGUGGCUAACUUUCCCCUUCUCAGAGUGCUUGAGUGCAUGCUGGAAACUGCUCAGGAAUGCUCUGAAGUUCUGGCUAGGACUUAGCCCCUCAUAUCUAGUGAAUGCGUUACAAAACGUAUAUGGCUGUGAAGCUUUGGGGAGUGCCUGUAACCAGAAAACCACUAAAAGCCUUUCAUUUGUUUUUGAUUCAGUCGUUGCUGCCUGCCGCUGAGAUCCGUGCUUGAACUUAGUAAGCCUGUGUAAACUAUAAAGACCCUUGUGUGGAACUCGGCUUCAGUCAGAUUCUAACAAGCCACGGUGAGGGGGAGAGCUGGGUGCCUGGGAAGUGCCUUCCAUGUAGCUUCCUCAGAGCACAAAUGUACUGGCCAGCAAGAGCCUUGCUGACAGACUCAAAGCCUGUCUCAUCACACAGGAGGAGGAAAUCUGUAAUUAAAGGCCCUUGGGAAGGCUUGCUUUACCACCAUGGUCCACAGAAGGCAUUCAGAGAUAGAUUUAUACUUACUUUUUAUUUUACUUUUUUACUCUUCUGUUUAGGUAUCUUUCCUGAUUGUGUUCCUGUGUAAUUCUCACUAAGUUGUAAGUCCAGAGACAAGAUGUGUUCUAGGAAAAGCCAAAGGUAGUACUGUCCCCUCCACGCAUCACAGCAGCUGCCAGCUGCUUGUCAAUAGCCCUGUCUGACAGUGUCUUCACAGCACUUCCUUGCUCACCUGUGUAUUAAAGUCCUCUUAGGAUAGGCUUGGAGGAGACAGGCAAAGCCGAGGCCCACCCAGCUCACAGCUCCCAAAGUGCGCACGGCAAACUCCUUUUGAAAACAGAAAGCAAGGUUCGGAUGAAUGCCAGGACCAAGUUUAGAUUGUGCUCGAUUUUAACCAGUCCCUUCUGAAUAGGCUCUCUCCCCUCACUUGCUUUCUUUUUCUUUCCUUUUUUGUUUAUCUUUAAGACUUUAAAAAUCUUGCCAUUGUCAUUUAGAAUAUAAUUGUUCCAAUCAGAAGAAUAUAAUGAAAACUACAUUUUCAAAUGCAUAUUUUCAUAGGAGCUUGAAGAGCUAAUGCAGGCAGGUGUGUAAUAAGUUAUUGUCAAACUGAACAUUAGAAUUCUGCUUCAAGUCAGCUCUCUUGACUUGGCUGUGUCAAAAUCAGAAUCUAUUCUGGUAUUUGGUAGACAAAUAUGUGGGAAAUAUGUCUUUUCAACCUUUUCUCCCUUUUUAUUCCUCCAAACUGUAUUGCUUCUGUGAAACAGAAUUAGCUUGGGUUUCGUCCGCCUUUUUACUGUAGCUGAGAUUGUUACCAUUGCGUUGGAAUGCCCACAGAAGGUGGCCUGAAGCAGAUCAUGCAGCCCGAGAGACCCCUGGGCCUGCCUUCCUCACUGCUACAUCUGGAUCGCAUCAGACUGAGCUGCACUGAGGAGAACACAGUCACCAGUUUCCCUCACAGACAGGGUCUCAAUCCAGUGCCUGCUUGACAUGUGCUCUAAGAUGCAGCAGACAGCAGGGUGUCCUUCUGUCCCCUCUCGGGAGCUGGCUGUUAGGUCUUUUUCAUCCCUAACAUGAUUUGAUUUCUCUGUUGAGGUAAUCAUGUUCUUUUACAAACUGAGAACAUCCAGCCUCCUCAGGUGUGACAUCUAAUGAGGUGUGAGCACGGAAGGUUCUUUUUUUCAGUGGCUCUUUUGUCAGAACUAGAGUCAGCCAUCACCCUCGCAGCAACCACCUGACUGCAGGUCAGAUCUCCCCCAGGGGCCCUCUGCCAAAGGGACAGAGUCUUUGAGGUGCACAGGGGCCCUCUGUAGACUUGUAUGGCUAAUCUGCGUCAUGCUGAGGCUGGGACCACCAUCAUAAAGGCCCCACGGAGUUAGUCAUGGAGUAAAGCACUGUCCUCCCAGACAGGAAAGUCUAAAGCAAACUGAGCAAGAGGACAGUGUGGAUGGUGCCCGGCCAGAAAGACAGGAGGCAACCGUGCCUUGCUUUUCACUUGUGUUGGCUUUACAUUUCUAUUAAAAGCCUGGUGUUGCUGAGGUCCAACCUGAAAACCAUACUCAGUUCUGAGUUUCAGAUAAACCAUUAUAAAACAUCAAAGUCACUACACACUGCUCCUUUGAAAUUUGGGUAAAAAAAUUAUACAACCAUAUAUAUAGUCAUUUUGUAUUUUUUCUAUGUUGUGAAAACCAAAAUUGUAAUUUUAUAAGUCUUUGAUUCACUAAAAUUAUAUAAUUUAAAUGUAUUUUUUGUAUAUUUAGGAAUAAGGAGCUCAAAAACUAUGCUUAACUUUCUACGCAUGCACUUGAAAGCUGUUUUUAUCUGAUAUUAAUGUAGUAAGUUAUACUCAUAAAACACUGAUACAUGUUGCAUUCCAAAAUAAAUUGGUGUGUGCUCUGCCUGGGUCUGAUCUGGA